AUGGGUAACCCGCGAAACCUCCGCAGAACAUCUUCGCAAGAGGAGGACGAGGGCGACGUCUUUGACGAGAAGUCUGACAUUAGCUCCGGCAGCGAAUCAGAAGAGGAGGCUGCAGCAGACGCGGCCCCGCGCGGUGGCGCCGCAGCCACCGCCACCACCACCGCCACAGCAGCAGCAGCAGGUGAUUCCUCUGCCGGUGCAGCAACCCCUGCAGCAUCUGCUGCCUCCUCUUCUGGCAAGGAUGAGAAUCACGAGCCGAAUGAGGGCCCCCCAGCAGCAGCCAGCGACGCACAGGCCUCCAGUGAACCCUUGGGGGAAGCAGAACAUGAAACCCAGAAAAAGACAGAACAGACAAAUGAUGAAAGCAUCAGACCCGGCAGAGGUGCACCGGCAGACGGCGCCAGGCAGCGCCCCAAGUCGACCUGGCAGCUGAUGCAAGAAGACCCUUCUUACGUGCCUCGGGCUACUCGUUACUUUCUGCACGACGACCGGCGCGAAGGCGACAGCGGGGAUUCAGAGGCUUCUGAGGAGGGGUCAGGCAACCAGCCGGAUGACUCUGUACCGCAGAGCACCCAAACUCGCGUGGGCCCCAGCAAGAAGCUGUGGACGCCAGACGAAAACAAAGGCGUGUGGAAACACGACAUGUGGGAACUUCUGCAGAAAGAAGAAGCGGAAGGAAGGCCCCCAGGAGGCAGCUGGUCGAGGGGAAGGAACUACGGUCGGCGUGGCGGGGCCACACUGGGUUAUAGACGAGGAGGUCGUGUUGAGUCCUGGGUGCCUCGAGGCUCUAGAGGGGGAAGGUUGGGCAGCAUACAACAUAUCGAGAAGGACUCUACUGAUGAGCAUUCAGGGAUAAUUGGCUUGUUGUUGCGUCUGCUGAACCAACUGCAGGGCGGGGAGGAUGGAGGCCGUCGCGAGGGCGCGGGCGAGGUCAGAACUGGAGCAACGGGCCACGGAAGCAAUACGUUCCAAAGCAGCCACCGAAGCAAACUGCAGAGGCGGCUUGAGAGGAGGGGCCACACGUCAGCGGCAGCCAGCCCCUGGGUGUCUUGA